CCUGACCCACCCAGGGAUGGCUCAGUAUAAAUACAGCCACCCCUCCACAGCAGGCAGGGACCAGCAGCCCUGCUCCACUGGGGAUCAGCACAAUGAAGCUCUUCACAGGCCUCAUUCUCUGCUCCUUGGUGCUGGGAGCCCACAGCCUGCUUUCCUUCCUUGGUGAGGCUUUUGAAGGGGCUAAAGACAUGUGGAGAGCCUACUCUGACAUGAGAGAAGCCAACUACAUAGGUGCAGACAAAUACUUCCAUGCCCGCGGAAACUAUGAUGCUGCCCAAAGGGGACCAGGGGGUGUCUGGGCUGCUAAAGUGAUCAGUGAUGCCAGAGAGACUAUUCAGGGGAUCACAGACCCUCUGUUUAAGGGCAUGACCAGGGAGGAGCUACGGGAGGACACGAAGGCCGACCAGUUUGCCAACGAGUGGGGCCGGAGCGGCAAAGACCCCAACCACUUCAGACCUCCUGGCCUGCCUGACAAGUACUGA